AUGGCUUCGGGUCCGGCUACUCAGUCAUUAAAGUGUGUGGUGACUGGUGAUGGUGCAGUUGGCAAGACAUGUCUUCUGAUCUCGUAUACAACGAAUGCUUUCCCGGGUGAAUACAUCCCUACUGUCUUUGACAACUACACGGCCAGUGUUAUGGUUGACGGCCGGCCGAUCAGCCUGGGAUUGUGGGAUACUGCUGGACAAGAGGAUUACGAUCGCUUGAGACCGUUAUCCUACCCCCAAACCGACGUCUUUUUGAUCUGCUUCUCCAUCGUUAGCCCACCAUCAUUUGAUAACGUCAAAGCGAAGUGGUUCCCUGAAAUCGAACACCACGCCCCCAAUGUCCCUAUCAUCCUCGUCGGUACCAAGCUCGAUCUGAGAGAUGAUCGCGCGACUACGGAAGCACUCCGCGCACGCAAGAUGGAGACCGUCUCCUAUGAACAAGCCCUAGCCGUGGCUAAGGAGAUUCGCGCACAUAAGUAUCUUGAAUGUUCGGCGCUGACACAACGCAACCUGAAGAGCGUGUUCGAUGAAGCCAUCCGAGCCGUUCUCAACCCCCGCCCCGCUACGAAAUCCGGGAGGAAGGCAGUCAAAUGCAGUAUCUUGUAGAGCA